AUGGACCGCAAGCGUGACAACGUCUACAAAAACUUUUCUGGAACGCUGUCUCUGUGGAGCAAGGCGCCGACGCCGCGACGUGGGCGCUCACCAACUACGCUCGUGGCCUUCACGGUGACGGCGCCUAGGGCGCUGCGCAUUUCAAAUGAUGCGCGCACCUCUGGAGGGAUGCUCUGCAGGUGGACCUGCCAAAUUAAUUAUUAUACCUGGUCUCGCAAGUCUUGUACGGAUUGGAGGCGCGCGUGUGGCGCUCGACAGCGACGCGCCUUUGACGUUUGGGCGAAAACGCCUGCAGAAGACAGCCGCCUCCAAGAGCAAGCGCGAGGUUUAUUCCCCGGCACUUUGAGAGACUCAGCAGACGAGUCUAAAAGCACGCUGCAGCAGAUCCUCCAAGGUUUGCCGCGUUCUACUGCGUACAAAACAGCACUGGAAGCGGUCUGUAGCCGUUCGGGCUCGAGCAACUACAGCGAUAGUUCGCCAACGCCACUGUCACUGGAUUCGAUACUGGCGCUUUUGGAAGAGAUGCAACGUGAUUCUCAGGUACGCGAUCUUGAUACAAAACAAAGCGACGAGCUCGUUCUGCUCUUAGUGGAUGCGGUCAUUCGGGCACCGUCUGUGGAGCUCGAUGGCCAACGGAUCCGGCGCGCGCUGGAUGAAAAUUUCGGGUUCGGGUUCGCCUUGCUUUUGCUCCGUUUAUGGGACCUCGGCGCGAUCCAGGCAUUUGGCAUUGAACAAGAGCGAAUUUUGAAUACUCAUCCGCCGCCUCGGAUUCGAUUCUCGAAUUCGCCCUCGAUGCGCAGCAUCUGGUGUCGUGAUCCGGCUGGUGCGGCAGCGUAUAGUGCGCUCCCGCCGCUGCCGUCGAACCCUCGUGAAGAACUAGUGCAAGCAUCUGUUGGGCUCGGGUUUCUGGCGUUUUCUAGCUUGGCGAUUCUUGGAGAAAUCAUCGAUCCUAUUAUUUUUCAUCGACAUGGCAGCGAGGAAACACUCGUUCUUACGUUGCUAUUUGGCUCCUAUGCGCUUGAUCGUUUCGUAUUCCUUUUCCAAGGCCGGAUCUCCGACACGGUGGACAAGGGCAUACGUCGCAUCGUAGGCGGCAAUCGCGAGCGCGAGGCGUUUUGCGACGCAGCGUCUUUUGUGGUUGCCUAUCUGCUUGGAAUUCCGGACUUUGCCUUCCGCCCACGGGCUCGCCUUUGCCUGGAAUGGUUCAAGAAGGUUGCCGACCAAUGCAGUCGCCAGAAGGAUGCUGAGCAAGUGAAUCCUCUGCUUGAGGAGCAUAUAGCCUUGCUCACAGUUUGGCUGCUUUCGCGCACUGCGGCGGAAUGUUGCUUUGAUCAGGAACUCAUAGAGAGCGAGACUCGUCAGGCCCGAAUCUUUGUCAAGGAGAGUCUUGGAAUCCAGAUUCGGACGCUGAGCGCCCAGAUGGAUAAGCGUUCAAGCCCUGGUGACGACGUCUCGGAUCUCCAGCGAAUCGACUGGGAGGAUUUCACCCUGCGCUGGGCAUUUGUCGAAGCGAUGGCUUUGGUUCGAGCCAAUAUGUCUCUGAUUCGCCAGAUUGCGAAGAAAAUGCACGACGGUGGGUCCGUUGGCGAGUUAGUGUGCGAGAUCGAGCGGCACUGGCGCCAGAAGCAUGCCAAGAGCCAGGAAACGCUUACCGCACUGCGCAGAUGCCCUUUUCUACCGUGGAAUCCCGAUAUGGUGCAUGCUGCUUGGAGCAAAGAUCUAGAAUCUCAUGUUCUGAGGGCGCUCGAGGCUUUUCAAACAAAGCAAAAAUCAGCCACGUCCAGUGAUGAUGAAGCCACUCUACACGCACCACUUUCGACAGCAGCAGCUGGGCGCGCGCGCACCGCAGAAGCGCCGAACAGGAAAGUUUCGGAAACAGACGUUAUCGAAUCCGCGACGACAAACCUAGCAAGCAGCGCACCGCCCUCAUCGCCAAAGUCCGGUGUGUCCAAUGAAUCAGCAGGCAAAGUACCGAAUGCAUCGUCCUCCAUAAUGGGCGCAGAAACCCACACAAGAGCAGACGCUCAGGAUCGAGCAAGCUCCGCAUCCGAAACGUGCCAGCAGUCGGCCGUUCGAGAGAAUCCGCUAUCCCAGGAGAAGCAGCAGCAGCAGCAGCAGCAUCCAGCACCCAUUACCACGGCGCCAGAGACGCUGCCAGGAGCCUCGCUAGCUGCCACAGCUCAAGCCGCUGAAGCAGCAAGCGCGAACACGCCUGUACCUGUGGACAGUGCAAGACCCUCGCGUUUCGAACAAAAACCCUCAGAUCAUACCGCUGGUGGACGACAGACCACUGGAACGGCUCCAAAGCAGGCGAUACCAGAUGCAAGGCAGGCUGAACGCUUCCGCUCGCCAUCACAUGUCGAACAGGACACGCCGCCACAGACGCGUGUCGUCGACGCACCACGGGAAUCCGCAGCAGCGACUGAAGCAGACAAGCAUGAGAAGUCGCCGCUCGCAGUCGCAGCACGUGGAGGACCGACAUGGACAGAGGCCUCUACCCGAAACAGUAUCGAUUCACUGGACUUGCCUUUACGCAGAAAUGGCGCCGGUGAUGUGCAGCGUACGGAUGCCAAUGUAACGUCGCCAGCUUGUGCCGAAGAACCGUCCGAGGCUCCGGGAUCGUCCGCAAAAUCGAUUACACAACAUCCCUCUGAGCACCAGCUUGCGCAGCAACACGCCUCCGAGCGUGUGCCCACAAAGUCAGCAGAGGCUGCACCACGUCCGACCGGGCGUGAUGAGCAGCCCGAGCGUUCGGCGGCCAGUGUGGAUAUGACCGCGUCGCCGUCCGUGAAACAAGCACGCUCCGAAACUUUGGAACCUUCUGGCAACGAGUCCCGCACAUCCGCUUUGGAUGGAAACGCUGCGCCAAACUCACCAAAGACUGUGCGCAAAACUCGUUCGAAGCGCAGCUCUACGACCAGAGCGGCGGCAACGUCCCCAGGAGCUGCCGGCAAACGCGCAAGUGCUGGAAGCGGGUCUACGGCUGCUGCACGCCAAGAGAAAAGCGCCAGCAAGCCAGCCAAAUCCGAAGCGCUGAAACAACCAAAAAGCAGCAUCAAAAAGCGCAACAAGUCCACCGAGAAGUCCAAAUCUUCCUCCACGGGCACCGAAUCUGCGCCAUAG